AUGGGUUUCAAAGGACCCAUCGGCUACACAGUAGAGUUCAUCAAGAACCAGAUAGACAAAAGCAAGGCGGGAGAUGCAGCUCCGGCCGAAGGGGGCCCUGCCCCAGCCCCCAAAGGGGAUGCCGUCAGCCUUGAGCCCGCAGCGCCCCAGCGGAAGGAGCCUCCCGCCCAGCCUGCCGCCCCUGCUGCCACCGCUGCCAGCCCCAAGCAGCCGGCGGAGGAGGGCGGCUUCAAGGGCCCCAUCGGCUACACGGUAGAGUUCAUCAAGAAUCAGAUGGACAAGGGCAAGGCUCCGGCGGAUGGCAGCUCGGCAGAGGGCAAAGACGGCUUUGAUAAUGUGCCGCUGGACGAAGAGGCGAUCGGCAAGGCCGGCAGCCCCGAGCAGUCGGGUGUGCCGCGCGACGCGGCCAACGCCCGCUCCAAGCGGCUCGCCACCAGGGCCAUCAUGAUCAUGGGCUUCGCCCUGGCUGUGGACUUCACCAUGAGCCUCAUGUCCAUCCAGCCCCUCUACUACGUGCUCGACGGCCCCGAGCACGUGUAUGGCCUCACCUUUGGCUCCUACGACCUCACAGCCAUGCUCUUUGCGCCCUUGUUUGGCUACUGGACUGACCUGACGGGCACAUUCAAGAAGCAGAUUGUCGUGGGGGCGGUUGUGAAUGCCAUCGGCAACCUGCUGUACGGCUUUGUGUACCUGGCCGAUGCCUGGUGGCUCAUGCUGGUGGCAAGAGCCAUUGCGGGCGUGGGCGCCGCCACCCUGGGAAUCGGCAGCAGCUACGUCACGCAGACCACCACCUCUGCCAGGCGCCAGAUUGUGCUGGGGUGGUACAGGAUAUCUCAGAAUGUGGCCCGCAUGGUCGGCCCCUUUGUCGGCUACCUCUUCCUAGGCCUGCCCAAUGUCAACCACGGCUCCUCUACUGGCUUGAAGCUGUUCAACUGGUACACAAUCCCCGGCUGGGCCGCUUUUGCCCUGGUGUCCGUGGUGCUGGGCCUGUUUGUGUGGUGGUUCCGGGACCCCACUGACGAAAACGAGCACCGCGUGCAUCCCGAUGACCCCAUGACCCAGGGCCCGCCCAGCCCCGAGCGCAUCGCCCGCUUCCGCGCCUUCACCCUGGGCUGGCUCCUCCUCAGCUUCCUCACCAUCUUCUCGUUUUCCGGGUUCACCGCCAACCUCUUUGCGCUGUUUGCCGGGCAGUAUCACCAAGUUACAAACCAGGGGGAGAAUUGGAGGACCUACAUCGGGAUUGGCGCUGGUGCCGCGACUUCUGCCUGGACCUUCCGCGUGAUGAUCAAGUGGAUCCCGCAUUGGUGGGAGGAGCGCAAGCUGUGCCUGCUGAGCAACCUGCUGCUGCUGGUCACCUGGCUGUUGGUCAUCCCCUAUGGCGGCUCCACCUCCAUCCCCUCUGAUGUGCUCUUCUACGCCUCAACCGCCAUCGCCGGCUUCACAGGCAAGCACGCGCGCGCGCCGCCGCCCGCCACCUGCUUUGUGAUCAACCAGGCCUCGCUGGAGACAGUGUACUCCAAGAAGGUGACUCAGUAUGCUGACGUGGUGGGCGGCAAGAUUGGGCGGUACAUGGGAGCGUACUUCAUGGCCAGCUCAGCCGGGCGCUUUGCGGGCCCCCUCGUGGUUGCGGGCGUGACGCGCAUGGCCACUCCCUCUGGCGAGACCAACUACUGCACCGAUUGGGUGACCGAGCCUGACGGCAGCUUCUCGUGCAACGGGCCCCCAGACCAGCAGUGCGUCAUCACGGGCGACCAGUACUACAUCUUCGGCUGCGUGCUGUACAACGUCAUCCCCAUGUAUGCAGUCAUGGCAGCGCUGCAAGCGGCCAUCGGUGUGGGACUGGUGGUGCUGCUGUGGAAGAACUGGAGCUACGAGAACGAGGGUCCGGCGGCGGCGGCGGCAGAUGCCAAGGAAGCCGAGCCGAGCGCCACCACGCCCGCGUCCUGA